AUGAACUGUACCUUUCAGAAACCAUUUCCUAUCGCUCAGAUGUUGCAUAUAAUGGUUAUGACGAAAAACGGACUAUAUAUCGAUUUCUGUAUUCCAAGUGACUGCAAUGAAAAUGAUUUAAUAAAUAUUAUUAAAUUGGUACUUCCUAAAAAAUUUUCUGUUAAAGUUAAUUACUGCAGUUCGAAGGAUGAUAAAAAUGACAUUUCAACUGCCCAGUUAAUUUGCAUAAUUACAUUUUGUUUAUUUUUUCUGUGGAUAUUAAUUGCAACUGUCGUAGAUGUACUGUUGAAAUUGCAUAUCAUAACGUCCAGUAAUAUACAAGAAAUAUUUCUGGAAACAAUUACCUCGGUUUCUGUUUUAAGUUCCGGAAGAAAGCUUUUGUCCUCGGCUAUAAAUAAGAAAACAUCAUCACUCUGUGGAAUAAAAUCCUUAGUUAUCAUCUCAAUCGUGUUUGCUCAUGUUCUAAUAUAUGUAAGUGCAUUCCCGAAUAAGGCAGUAUAUACUAAAAAUUUAGCUGAAUUAUUUAACGAUCUCCCUGUCGAAAUUUCCUUUAAUGCAACGACUAUGAUUGAAACAUUUUUCUUUAUCAGAUGGCCAAGUGCUGCAAAUAUCAUUUUAUUUGUCUUCGUACUUGCAGGGUUUAUAUCAAACGUUACCCAUUUACUUAUUACUGGAAAUUAUACAAUGGCUGGCAUUUCAAUCGAUUUGUGGAAAUUGAGAAGAUAUUUUCUUGAAAAUUAUCGAAAACCGUACAGUACACAUUUAAGUACUUAUUGCGUUGGAUUACUAAUUGGAUCCUUUCUAUCGAAAAGACAAGAAUUGAAAUUCAAAAUGGUGAAAAAGCCUUUAUUUGAACUGACACCAUAA